UCUAUGUGUUCGAUGAAAUGUCUGAAUGGCUUUUGAGAUUUCUGUGUUGGUGUGGGGGCUAUGGGGGAUGGGGAUUUUAUACAAGGGGAAGAUGGAUUGAUGAUGGGAAGUUUCGGGGAUGUUCUUGUCCUCUCUUUAGUGGGGUAACUGGUGGUAGUGUUCUUCAUCCUUCCACCAGCUUCUACCUUCUUCUUCGGCGUGCGUGGCCCCUUUCGAACGAGCAUCAUCCGGGAGCUUCUGGUAUGGACUCUAUGGACAUGUCUCCUCCAGCCAUGGAUGGCAACACCAGCACGAACAACUCUACCGGUAAUAAUAUGACGAUGACGAUGAUGACGACGAAGAUGCAGAUGAGCUUCUACUGGGGCAAAGAUGCUGUGGUUCUAUUCUCAGGGUGGCCUAAAGAGAGCCUUGGCAUGUACAUAUUGGCUUUCUUCUUCAUCUUCCUCCUGGCCUUCACCGUUGAGUUCUUGAGCCACACACCACCCAACAAGCUCGGCAAGAGCCCUGUCGUCGGCGCCUCAAUUCAGGCUGUCAUCUAUGCUUUCCGGACAGGCUUAGCAUAUCUGGUCAUGCUGGCUGUUAUGUCUUUCAAUGUUGGAAUCUUUAUAGCGGCUGUGGCUGGCCACACUCUCGGGUUCUUCGUCGUCGAGGUUCAUGCUCUUACCGUCGAAAAGAGGACUGAUUCUACUGAAGUUUGAUUGCAGUUUGAGCUAUGUGGCUUUGAUACGAUUUUGUUUGUGUCUUUUUGAACUCCUUGUUUUAAUUUCGUUUAUGCUGAUUUGUACAAUGAAAAGCUUCACUGGCGGCUGGUAUUAUUACUUAUAUAUCUUCGACGGAGAAAAGACUGUGUU